ACUCGCACACGACUAACCGGACGGCCCAGGAAUAAAUCGCGCCUUCGCAACAGCAGGUCAGGGAGGGCACGGCGCGAUACACGGGCGCGAGUCUCGGUGGUUGUGGUGAUCGUGGAUGGCUCGUGCAAGAAAGAAGGCGGGUGGUGGGCCGGGAGAGACGAACCCCCGUGGCGACGCCGCAAGCGCCAUAGGUUCCCUUUACGAGUGCGGCGGCGGGAAAGUAGGCAUGCAGAUGAGUGGGCGAAAGCAAUCGCCGCCAUCGACGCCGCCGAUGCCGCAGAAUGGUCCAGGGAGGUUGUUCACUCUGCCGACGGUUCUCACCAUCGGCCGGGUCGCCGCCAUCCCCCUUUUCGUGAGCACUUUUUACAUGGAUGGUUGGUGGGGAGCAACUGCUACAACAAGCAUCUUUCUUCUCGCUGCAAUUACAGAUUGGCUAGAUGGUUAUAUUGCAAGAAAGAUGCGGCUUGAAACAGCAUUUGGUGCAUUUUUGGAUCCUGUCGCUGACAAGCUUAUGGUUGCUGCCACAUUGGUAUUGCUGUGCACUAAACCUUUUGAAUGUGCUAUAUUUGGGGAUGUUCCAUGGCUUUUGACGGCACCUUCAAUAACCAUCAUUGGUAGAGAGAUAACUAUGUCGGCAGUCAGAGAGUGGGCUGCAUCUCAGAAUAGUCUUGCUCUUGAGCAGGCUGUAGCAGUAAACAAAUUGGGGAAAUGGAAAGCAGCAACACAAAUGACUGCGCUAACUGCCCUUCUUGCUAGCAGAGAUCCCAGCAUGGCAGUGCCGAGUGUUUUAGCUUCUGGCAUAGGUCUGCUCUAUGUUUCAGCUGGCCUUGCCGUAUGGUCACUAGUCGUGUACACGAGGAAGAUAUGGACAGUAUCGCUCAAGUAAAUAGUUAAGAGGCUAAAUCUGCCACAAGCAUACAAAUAACAAUGUAGAUGAUGCACCGGCACUAUUCAUCCGUAGCUGUUUCAAAGCCGCUGCUACAGAUGGGAUAUAUGCAGAGAAGCAAGCUGAUUCAUCGCCAUUGAUAGAUAAGAACAUGUAUUAACAGAAACUGUGCAAGUAAGAUGGGCAUCGUUGGGUUGGCGGCCGGCCAAAUGGACAAAAUUCGCUCUAAGGUACACUGAAUGGGUUGUAUGUGACCUCAUACAAAGUAGAAAAUGUAGAUUGCUGAAGCUUUACCGUCCUACCUGUCUCAACAGAUCACAGCUUAUUGA